AUGAGAUUUGCGAAAAUCUCUCUUCACAAGCGGAUUAAGGUUCGUCGGAACAACGAACUUGUGCCGACAAACACCUUGAUUCUGUCAUUCAAUGUGCCUACACUUCCAACUUCAGUUAAAGCAGGUUACCUGUAUAUACCAGUUGUACGUUACAUCCCCAACCCUUUACGGUGUUUCAAAUGUCAAAAGUUUGGAUAUGGACAGAAUACAUGUCGCAACAGAUUGACAUGUGCUCGUUGUGGUCAGUUUGACCAUGACAGCAAGACAUGUCAGAAUGAUAUGAUAUGUACCAAUUGUAAAGGGAAACACUGCGUACUCGCGAGAGUGCCCAAAGUGGAAAGUGUGGUAUUAGGUAAAUCAUAUGCCACGGCUCUCAAGGUUUCUACAACGAGUAUAGCUACUCAAACUGAUUUAACUUGGCCCAACAGUGAGGAUACAUUUAAGAAGAUUUCUCAUCCAAAAGAUGUCAAAAAACAGACUGUUCAUAAACAAGUUUCAACAUCUACUCAAGUGUGUUUGGAUUCUAGGAAUCCAUCAAGAGGCUCAUCGCCUGGGGAGCCAGGUCCCAGUAAGCCUCCGUCAAGAAAAGACACCAAAAUGCAGCAUAAGGAUUCUUCUUCAGGACGACUGAAGAAAGCAGAAAAAAAGUAA